AUUUCGGGACCAACACAUGGUUCAACCUUACUUCAAUAAUUCGCUUGCGCGUAGGGGUCUUUAGCAGUGGGAGGAAACCGGAGGACCCGGAGAAAACCCACGGGCCGCGAGGUUGGACAGGCGACCCUACUCCUUGUCACGUACAACCGGGGAUUCGAAACCACGCCAGUCGACUCAAUGACAGACUUUAUGAUACAUACAACGCGUGCACGCUAACCAUUCAGCCAUCCAACCCCCCCUUAAAACUAGAACAAUGCUAUGACACUCAGACAAGUGAUAUAAAUACCUAUCUUAACACAGGAAAAACAUCUUAGUACGGAAGACCAUUAGGGUCAAUCAAAUGAAAAAAAAAAAAAAACAAUUCUGAUUACAGAGAAGAUCAUCAGAUUCAUGAGAUUCAGAUUGAGAUUAGGCUAGGGUCAAUCACAUGAAAAAUAAUUAGGCCUAGUGUUCUAAUGUCUGAACCGUGGUAAAUUUUAAACGGAUUUCUUCGAUUGUGAACAAACUACUGAAGAAUUGUUAUUAAAACUUGCCCAUGUGUUGAAACCACCUCUGGUUGAAUAAAAUCUGUUGCACAAAUGGGUCGCAACAUAAUAUAUAAUAAUGUAAUAUGAAUUUAUAUAAACUGUUUUACAUUCAAUCGUGUCUGUUUUACUGUGAAUUGUCAUCAGUUAUGUUCGGCGAAAUACGCCAGAAGUCUGAACAGCAAGUCCGUUUCUAGCGUCUGGUUAUUCCAGUCAACACCGAUAUUAUUUAUUGCGCAUGCUCUCCAAAUAAGAACAUGAUAUCUCCGUUUGACAUGACUUGUGGAAUAUGUCUAGCCUCAUUCUUUGAGCAUCUUGUUACAAAUGGCGCUGAAACGCAUUAUGGUACACGAUUCGUGUACCAAUGGUAAAAUUGGUAAAAUGUUUAUUUUGUCUUAAAUAUUGGAUAUCAGAAGCCCAUCUUUUCCAGGUUUCUAAAAUGGAUACUCAAGGCAUUUUUAAUGCAGGGUUUUUGUAGUAUUCUAUAAAAACCUUUCAGGCAGCGUUAUGUUUAUAAAAGAGAAUGGAUCAAAGUGGUAAUGUUAAGAAAGGGGGGUUUACCUUUAAAAGAUCUUCAAGCUUGUCCACCAAUAAAGUUAGAUCUAUUAACCAGCCUCCUCCAACAUUAGUUAACCCUUUCAAGUCAGCUGUAUGUCAUAACCCAAAUGUCUCCAACAAAUCAUCGCCAAAUCAAGGCACACAAACUAGCAUCAAAGCAUUUACGAAUAAAGUGAUACCUGUUGCGGCUGUACCACCACAUAGAUCUCCAAUCAAGACGAAUGCCCCGUCUAUAUUUAACAAUAAUUUGAGAAUAAUCCCACCUCCUACCAACCCUGUCUCUAGUAUUUUUAUAGAUGAGGAUGAUGAUGACGACUUUGAUUUUCAUGCUACACCUUCUCAAGGUGUAUCAAUACCACCUAAAGCCAAACCAUUUAAAUUUACAUCUAAUAAUUUCAAGAUUAAAAACAAGGCUCCAACUACAACCACACGAGCACCGAGUCCCCCUAUGGAUUUAGAUGAUCAAGAAUUUAAUGAAAUUGUUUCUAAUAUUGAAGUUAAAACAGUACCAGAUACUCCAUCUAAACAUGAGCAGUCAGGGGAAAGUGAAGAGGAAGAAGAAAUGAUGCCAGCAUCAAAACGUCGCAGACAUGACACACGACUAGAUAGUGAUGAUGAUACAAUCGACUCAAUUGGUUCUAAUGUACAGAUAGUUUCUGAUGCAUCCAAUGAUGCUGCUAUAACUGUAUCAGAUAAAACUUCAGUUGCUUCUUCUGGACAACUAACUAACCAGUCGGAAACAAGAAGAAGUAUAAUAGAAACGGAAGUGAUUCCACUAACAGAUGUUUCACAACAUCCACUCCUAAAACUCAAUGUUACACAGGUAGAAGAUAAUGAUAUGUGUGAAAUGAGAUAUUUAUUAUUAAGUGUAACAGAUGAAAUAUGUGAUAUUGUUGGUAAAUUUCGGACCGAUGAUCUCAUGUCAGCAGCAGCAGAUGAUUAUGACAGAUUACAGAAACUUCUUUAUAUAAGAAAACAAGUGAAAGAAAAGGGGAAGAAUUUGAAUCAACCAGUUAUACCCAAUUUAAAGGCCAACAGACCAGAUGUUAAUAAAACUGUGUUAUCAAAGACCACAACUGUACAGAAAUUCGAUCCUCCAUUGUCACCAGUAUUAAGUACUUCUAGAAAUAAUAGCUUUAACUUCUCAUGUAGACUGUCAGACACGGCUGUAGGAAAUAAAUCUCUUGUAACCAGUACAGCCGUGAAGAAAACAUCAGUUUCACGAGUGACCUGUGGGGCUGACUCGCCUAUACCAUGUGGAGAUAGUUUCUUUGAAGACGAUAUGGAAUUAGGCAAUACUCAGAUGACCUACAUGAAGGGAUUCAAGAAGCCAUCAAGUUCUUCUUCUAGUCCGAGUCUCAGUAAUGUGGGCCGAAGUCCCAGAAAUUCUACUUCUCCUAGUGCUAAUAUUUCAAACAGAACAUUGAGCAGAUCAACAUUUAAUACGUCUGCUGUUAGAGCUCCGGGUUUAAUGUCAUCUGUUAGUGUAAAUAGUAAUAACUCUUGCAACAACCAAACAGCUUCCAUGUUUAAUUCUGUUAAUGACAGUACUUUAACAAGUUUUUCACCUUCUAUGAAUGAUACCUCUAAUAUUGCUCAAGAUUUUCAGUUUGACUACAGCAUAUCUCGCAAUAAUAACCCAGCUGUUGCCUGUAGCUCGGGAUCGAAUCCGCAACCCACUUCAAAAAUGGAUGAAUUUGAUAGUGAAAUGCCAGAUGAAUAUUACGCUAUAGAAGAUUUUCUGGAUCUUGAAGAUGAGAUAGAAGAAGAAUGUGGGAGUAUGUCCACUUCUACUACAAUAAACAAGAUGAAUUCAAGUUUAUCUAAAUCAGUUUAUAAAGAUACCAGUGUACCAUCAUUAAAUGUAUCAACAAGUAAGGCUGCUAAACCUGCUCUGGGACAAGUAGAUUUCAGUGAUGAUUAUAAUCCAUCAUUUGCUGCUACUGAUAAAGAUGACGGUGCUGAAUUCGAUGGUCAAAAUUUCCCCCACAGUAGAGAUAUGUAUCGAGUAUUUAGACAGACGUUUGGAUUAAAGGAUUUCCGUCGUAAUCAACUACAAGCUAUGAAUGCUGCUUUAUUAGGAAAAGAUACUUUUAUAUUGAUGCCUACAGGUGGAGGAAAGAGUUUAUGUUAUCAGCUACCUGCGUUAGUAACUAACGGUGUAUCAGUUGUUAUAUCACCAUUACGGGCAUUGAUACAAGAUCAAGUACAGCGUUUACGCUCUCUUGAUAUACGAGCAGCUAGUUUAUCAGGUGAUAUAGAUUUAGCUCAGUCUAAUCAGGUGUAUAAUCUAUUAUAUCAACGUGAACCAGGUGUACAGUUACUAUAUGUUACACCAGAAAAGGUAUCAGCUAGUACUAAAUUAUUAAGUUGUUUUGAACACCUGUAUAAUAGACAGCUAUUAGAUAGAUUUGUUAUAGAUGAAGCUCAUUGUGUUAGUCAGUGGGGCCAUGAUUUUCGACCAGAUUAUAAAAAGUUAAAUUUAUUACGUAGUAAGUAUAGACAGGUACCUAUGAUGGCAUUAACAGCUACAGCUACACCUAGAGUACGCAAAGAUAUUAUACAUCAACUAGGCAUGAAUGAUCCUAAAUGGUUUAUGCAGAGUUUUAACCGAAGUAAUCUCAAAUAUUUAAUUAAACUAAAGAAACCUAAAGCAGCAACAAAAGAACUACAAGAACUAAUACAGACUAAGUUUAGAGGUGAUAUUGGAGUUGUUUAUUGUCUAUCAAGAAAGGAAUGUGAUAAUGUUGCAAGUGAUUUACAGAAAGCUGGUAUACAAGCUGUAUCUUAUCAUGCUGGUUUAUCUGAUAAACAAAGAUUUGAUAUACAAGAACAAUGGUUAUAUGGUGAUAGUAAGGUAAUCUGUGCUACUAUAGCGUUUGGUAUGGGUAUAGAUAAACCAGAUGUUAGAUUUGUUGUACAUUAUUCAUUACCUAAGUCUGUAGAAGGUUAUUAUCAAGAGGCAGGUCGAGCUGGUAGAGAUGGUCAUCUAGCACAUUGUAUACUCUUCUAUAAUUAUAGUGAUGUUAAACGACUUAGAACAAUGAUUCAAAUGGAUCAGAAUGCUAAUUAUGAAUCUAAACGUGUACAUCUAGAUAAUUUAUUUAGAAUGGUAGCAUAUUGUGAGAAUGUAACAGAUUGUCGCAGAUCUCAGAUAUUACAGUAUUUUGGUGAACAUUAUUUUGAUAGAUCUAAAUGUAAUGAAUAUAGAGGUUCUGUGUGUGAUAACUGUGAAUCAAAGGAUAGUUUUACAUUACGUGAUGUGACAGAUGAUGCUAAAGUAAUAGUACAAGCUGUACAAGAUCUAGCUAGUCAACCUAGAAAUAAACUAACAUUGCUACAUUUUGUGGAGUUAAUUAAAGGAUCACAGAAUACAAAGAUUAUGCAACUAGGACAUAAUAAACACAAAGCCCAUGGUAUAUGUUCAGCUUAUUCCCGACAAGAUGCCGAGAGAUUAAUGCGUAAGUUAGUUAUAGAUGGUAUAUUAAUGGAAGAUUUGCAAGUUACAGCUAUGGAUAUGACAGCUUGUUAUAUUAGACCUGGUAUGAAAGUAUCACAAGUACUAAAUGGUGCAAUUAAAGUGGAACUACAGAUUCAUACGAAUCGUAAAAAGUUAGAGAUGAGUAAGAUUGGACAGGAACCACAAAGUGAUAGAGAGAAACUAACAUCAGAAUGUUAUAAAGAAUUAUUACCUAUUGCUAAAGCUAUUGCACGAGAACAUGGUGUAUUUAACUAUGCUACUAUCUUUACUAACACUAUGUUAUGGCAAAUGGCGGAGAAGUUACCAACAUCUGAAGAGGAGAUGAUAGAACAGAUUGAUCUCAUUACAUCAAAGAAAAUACAAACUUAUAAAGUUGAUAGAUUAUUGCAAGUUUUAGCGAAUUAUAAAUGUCUUCUACCACAUAUAGAAGAUGAUCGUGUAAGUAGUAAUAAUAAAGAAGAUGAUGAUGAUAUGACAUCACCAUAUUUUAAUACAGAUCUACACAGUGAUAAUGGUGGUGGUAGACGAGGUGCUUAUGGUAAAGGAAAGAAAAACUUCAAGAGAAAAAGAGGAGGAUACAAGAAAGCUGGUGGAGGUAAAGCAGGAUAUAAAAAAGCUGCUGGUGGAGCUGGGAAUAAUUCCAAGUCAUCAUUUAGUCAGUUUAAAUACAAGAAGAAAACACCGGCCAAAUCUAAAACAUCUGCUACAACCACAAGUCGACCGGCUGCUAAUAAGAAAGCUCUUGGAAUGAUGCCUGUACCUCAGAACAGAUCAUUUAUGGGUGGUGGUGGAUCUUUCAUGGGAUGAUCUCGAUUGAUAUGUUGGCGAUGAGAUUAUAUCGGUACAAAAUAUAAGACCAAGACGAUUGUUUUAAUAAAAAAUUGUUCUAAAUGUUCCAUGUGCCUAAAGACAACUUAUUGAAGUAUUUAUUCUGACUAUACAGAAAUUUUAUUUAGGGCUAACUAUAGUCAGGCAAAAUGGUGCAGUACGUGUGCAUUUUGUGAUAAAAGCAUAAAAUUUAGCACAAAGAAAGGUUUUGGUAUAGUGUACAAUAUUGGAUGUGGACCCUAUCGAAAUCUAUCCCCACAAUUUUGACUGGAGCAGAUUUUAUUUUUCUAUUUACCACCUGGAUUCAAAACACCUACAAAAUACAUAGACACACUGAAGAAAUUUAAUGGUUAAAAUGGUGAAAUAUUGUUCAUCAUUAUACCAAUUUGAUGCUUUUACCAUAUAAUGCAUACAAUUUUUUUGAAUAAUUCUGUCAGGAUUACUCUGAUAACCAACAUGAAUGUCUAUAUUUAGUAUUACAUUAGCAAUUAUUAUUUGUAGAAUAGGAUAUGUAAAUAAACUGUUAAGAAUAAAGAACUCAACAGUAUAUGUAAAUUUAAUGUAAAUCAUUGAUUGAAUUUUUUCAUUGUAUUUUUCAACAUUAGUUUUUGUCAAUAGUAAUCAAUUCUGUCUGUUUCAUCCUUUAUCUCUGUACCUGUAUUUUUAUGUUGAAUACAAGCUGUUAUCUUUCUUUCUGUCUCUGUACUCUGGAAACUGUAUUUCUUACAUUAAAUUAAUUAAAUUAUAUGUUUGGAAUUAUCUUUCUUUCUGUCUUU